GGCGAAGUUUUGUCCGUUUAAGUCGAAGCCGUGCAAAGGUAUGCAACACUGAACCAACCGAAACAUCAGUUGCGAGCCCGGAUGAAUGUAUCAAAGACCAUCGACUUCUCGACAAAAUGAGAGAAAAAAAGAAAGCAAAGGGCCGCACUUUUCAUGUUUUGUCAUUGAAUCACCCCGCCUCGAACUUGGAAAUAACACCAGCUGCAGCUGCUGCUUAGAAAUGCAGGAGUGCGCGCGACGCCGACAUCGACGCCGACACAACAUUGUCCGUUCCCCCGAGUCCUGCACCUACUACGGUAAUCGCUCUCACCAUAUUCUUUGGGCGCUUUUGAAUGAACGACCGAGCUACCAGGCGUCUGGCUAGGCCAUCCACAACCAAAGUUCAUUUUAACUGACAGGAACAGCUAGAGGUUUUCAGAAUGAGUUCCUCGGACGACAGAAAACGGCUCAGCCCCCAGGAAGUGUUCUCCGCCGAUCAGGCAGUGGCAGCUGGAAGCGAGCUCAGAGACGACGACCCUACAGGUAGACGCACGACACGGAGGCGACGGGCACGUCUCGAUCCGAAGGAAAUGGGCGACAGGCAAGCCACCGGCGGAACAGCCGGACCUCCCGGCGACGACGGCGCCAGCUACGCGUCGGACGACGAGAGCGGCAACAGCCAGCACGCCAAGCAGGCGCGCUUAGGCAGCGCAGGUGACCGUCGUGGCGAGCGUUUAGCGGCGGCGACAACUUCCGAGGGCGGCGGCGACGGGCAAGACGUGGACAGCGAGAUGGAGGACCCGACUGGGCUGGAAGGGGCCGCCUUCCAGAGCCGUCUCCCUUUCGACAAGAUGACGGCUCAGGAAGCGGCCUGCUUCCCAGACGUGGCCCAGGGCCCGCAGCAAACACAGAAGGUAUUCCUGCACAUCCGCAACCGGCUGCUGCAGCUGUGGCUGCAAAACCCCAAGAUGCAGCUUAUAUUCGAGAACGCGCUUCCGCAAAUCGAGCCACCGUACAACAGCGACGUGCCUUUCGUGAUGCGUGUACACGCCUACCUGGAGCGCCAGGGGCUCAUCAACUUCGGCGUCUACGAACGCAUCCGUGGGCCUCCGGCCAAGAAGCACGGAAAGGUCAUUGUCGUAGGAGCCGGCAUCUCGGGCCUAGCUGCGGCGCAACAGCUCCAGCAAUUCGGCAUGGAGGUGAUCGUGCUCGAGGCUCGAGACCGAGUCGGCGGUCGUGUGGCUACGUUCCGCAAGGGCAACUACAUUGCCGACCUAGGCGCCAUGGUGGUCACGGGAUUGGGCGGCAAUCCUGUGGCCGUGCUGAGCCGGCAGAUCAAGAUGGAGCUGCAUCGGAUCCGUCAGAAGUGCCCGCUCUACGAGUCCAAUGGCACCACUGUGCCUAAAGACAAAGAUGAGAUGGUAGAGCGCGAGUUUAACCGGCUUCUUGAGGCAACAUCUUACCUGUCGCACCAGCUUGAUUUCAACUAUAUACAAGGCAAGCCAGUGUCCCUUGGCCAGGCGUUGGAAUGGGUCAUAAAACUUCAAGAAAAACAUGUAAAAGAAAAGCAGAUUGAGCAUUGGAAACUUAUACUGGAGAUGCAAGAGAAGCUUAAGACAAACCAACAGCGCAUGCUGCAGCUGCGAGACCACAUUGAGGCCUUGCACCAGCAGCACAAGGAGCUUGCCUCUUCCAAGGCACAGCGUGACGUGACGCAGGAGUUUGUGCUGCGAAGCAAACAGCAUGAACUAACUUGUACCUGCCGGGAAUGGGACCAGCUCGUUGAGCAGCAGAAAGAGAUAGAGGACAAGCUGCAAGAGCUGGAGGCAUCUCCACCAAGUGACGUCUACCUCUCGUCUCGCGAUCGACAAGUCCUUGACUGGCAUUUUGCCAACCUAGAGUUCGCCAAUGCCACUCCUUUGAACAACCUGUCACUGAAGCACUGGGAUCAAGACGACGAUUUUGAAUUCACUGGAGCGCAUCUGACCGUACGUAAUGGUUACUCAUGUGUUCCUGUUGCUCUUGCAGAAGGGCUUGAAAUUCGGCUCAACACUGCUGUCAAACAGAUCCGCCAUGGGAGCACGGGAGUCGAAGUGCUAGCUGCUAACACCCGGAGCAGCGGUGGUCUCAUCAGCUUCAAAGCAGACGCUGUCCUUAGCACACUCCCACUUGGUGUCAUGAAGCAAGCAGUGCAGGGCAACCCUAAUGUACCAAACACCGUGCAGUUCAUUCCACCUCUUCCAGAGUGGAAAGUUAGUUCCAUUCAGCGGCUAGGUUUUGGCAAUCUCAAUAAGGUGGUGCUUUGCUUUGACCGUAUCUUCUGGGAUCCCAAUGCCAACCUUUUUGGACAUGUUGGCAGCACGACAGCGAGCAGAGGUGAACUCUUCCUUUUCUGGAACCUUUACCGAGCACCUGUGCUUUUAGCACUGGUAGCUGGUGAGGCAGCAGCGAUCAUGGAGAACGUCAGUGAUGAUGUCAUUGUGGGGCGCUGCCUGGCUGUGCUGAAGGGUAUUUUUGGCAGUGUACCACAACCUAAGGAAACCGUUGUGACCCGCUGGAGAGCUGACCCGUGGUCAAGAGGUUCUUAUUCCUAUGUGGCCACGGGCUCCUCUGGAAGUGAUUAUGACAUCUUGGCAACUCCUGUGACGCCGCCCUCUGUGGUUCCAGGCUCCUCACAGCCACAGUCACUGCCCCGUUUGUUCUUUGCUGGUGAACACACAAUUCGCAAUUAUCCAGCAACCGUACACGGUGCAUUGCUUAGUGGGCUGAGAGAGGCCGGUCGUAUUGCAGAUCAGUUCCUUGGCUGUCCAUAUGCUCCUCCGAGGCAGCCUCAGUCAUAGGCAUUGUGUAGCAUCAAUUACGCCAUCAUAACUUCCUCAAAUGUUUUUGUGUCUGGUAGUAAUCAUAUCGAUGGCUUCCCAGUGCAUUCCCGGUGUAGAUCUGUGUGAUGUGCUUCAUUAUCUAUUUGAACAGAUUCUCAUGAAGUACUAUUGAAUAUUCAGGUUCGUUACCUCAGAGCCAAUAAAAAGUGAGAGAAAUCAAUUAAGAGGUAGGUAACGUGAGCUAUAUUCAUAAUAUAAACACAAUAUAUUUUAAAUGGGCUUAUGCAAUAACAAUAAGGCUUUACCUCCCUCUGCAUGUUAUUUUAGGUUGUUAAUGUUCUUGAUGGUAAAGUGUUGAGUUGGCGCCACAUGGUUAUGGCAUGUUUUCAGUGACACGCCUUAGCAGGUCAUGACGUUUCAACAUCUUGAGCAGCACUGCUCUCUCUCUUUUUUUUUCUUUUUACAUCAUUUAUGGCCAGAAAAGAAGCUCCAUUAAAAUGUGGAUUGGUUCUUGGGAAGCAUGUAAAGUUUGGACAGGGUGACAUUAGGUGUUGAGCUGCUGUACAAACAAGAUACUGCGUGCUGGAGCAUUGUUGGACAAAUCCAGAUGCUGUUUCCACCACAAUUCUGACCCUAUCUUGCUUGUAAAUUUUCCUAAAGGGCCCCUAAACCACUCUAGCUUAAAAAUUUGUUACAUAGUGGCAGCUGUAUACCAGUCUGCAACAAACAUACAGCCGCAAUAAAUUUUUGAAAUUAUGCUGUAAUAGCAAAGUUACAGUUAUUUGAUGAAUGACUAUGCAGCUGCCAUGGUAUCUCGCUCACCUCCACUACCCUCCCCACUGGCGCUCUCUCUUCACCGCAAACUCUCACCAACUCCAUGCAGUGCAGCGAAAGCUAUGGGUCUGGCCGUGUCAACACACCAGAACCAAGGCUCCUCCACUGUCUGCCCCUAAUCACCCUUUGCGCUGCACCAACUGAAUGGAACAAAAAUAAAAUGUUCCGUGGCACACAGUGGGUAAACCCUUAUCCAUUCUCAGAACACAUAGCUGGCUCUUGUCAUAUUAGUGCCUACCAUCCCUCGUUGGUUGACCAACCAACAGCUUUUACAGUGGCGACGUCGUGCACAACACCCUGCUGGCGUCACAAUGUGCGAAGAAGGAACAGGAAAAACCCGGAGAGGAGCACGGGAUUGUUUUUCAAAUUUGUAGCUUCUCCGCAGCGGACAGCGCUGCUAUAUUCACAAAAGAUGACCAUCACAGUACACUGUGCUUACUUAAAGUAUGUAAAAAAAAAAAUUUCGUCGGUGGUUUAGGGGCUUUAACUAUGUUCAAACCUACCGGAUAAUACUACCAGGCCUGAAUAUAAUGAUUCUAUUCCACUUCUAUUCCUUUUGGGGCGUCAUCAUUUGCCCGAGUGACAUCCUUCCUGCAUUAUGACCCAAAUUGACCACUCUGUAAGGGUGGAUAAGAACGCGGUAGAACUAGGUGAAUUGAAUUUUGUUCUUGCUGUUUCCAUUCAUGAUGGUGUUGGUGUAUCCUGGUGCACUCAUUAGCUGUUGUCCCUUCAUUCUGAAUUGCACUGGAAAAACUGGAUCUACUGUUAUGUGCUUAAGCUUUCCAGUGAGUAAUAUUUUGGUUUUAGUCAUUACAUGACAUCGGUGGAAAUUCAUUUCAUGGCACUGUCCUGCCCUCACUUAUAGACUUUACUGUAUGUUCAACUGGUUGUGCUGAAUGGCUGAAUUAAGUGUUUAUAUUUGUAUUCAGUGAUUAGUGAUCACUGCGGAAAUUUCCGCUAUGUUUUAAACUUUUGUCAUGGUUCUGUGACAAGGCAGUCAACAUUUUGUUCACAACCACCUCGCACCUUUAUAUCAACUGUUUGGCCUGUUUAAAAAGCUAUGUUAACUACAUCGUGUGUUCUCUAUACAUAUUUUGUGACGUGCACUCUCUCAUUCUGAAACCUGAUUUUUUUUUUUUUUUCAAGGAAUUUGGAUGAAUUGGCUGCUUGAUUUUAGUGGUGCAUGCCAUCUGGCCAUAUUAUCUCCACUUGUCAUGCUCCCAACCCUGUGUGACCUGCUUCUUGUAUUUACUGUCAAAACCAUUCUCUUAUCUUUAAGGUCAUUUACCUAGCACAUUCUGUGCCACUAGAAGUAUGUUGACCAUGCAAUGCCCAAUGCUGUAUGAAUUGCCAGACCUCUUUCUGUGUAAAAGCCAGUGAAGUAGUGCAUCAGCAUUGGGUGGAUUCAUGUGGUUCAAACAGAAUUAUACUUUAACCUUAAAGAUGGCAGCUGCCUUAACAGAAGAAACAAAAAUGCACUGUCAUUGUCAUGAGUAUCAAGCAACAUGUGGAAUCCGUUGCCAUAUGUGGGCUGUCAAGUUUCAUGCUAUGAAUCAUUGUUGAAACAUUCCAUAAAUGAACCCCUCCAUAAAUGAACCCCCAUUGUUGCUCACUCAAAAGCGUAAAUAUGUCUUGUAGAACAGGCAUCUAGGACGCAGGGCAAAGCUUCUCUGUAUGUACCCGAUGUGAAACAAUUCCUCAUGGCAGUCGGCAAUUAAACACAUGUGCACAUUCAACGUCUGGUGGGAAUUAUAACCUAGUCUAUUCUUGAAUAGUAUAUCAAUAAGUUUUUAUACCAUAGAUAUAAUGCAAUUCAUUUUCAAGCAUGGAGUUCUUGGUAUUUUGUGCAUGUUAUAUGCUUACUUCAUUCUGUGACUCUCUCGUGGUGAAAGGAGUGGCAGCAGUUUUAUGCAUUUCAACAGCAUUAAAAUGUCUGAAAGCAGUGAGAACCUAUUUUUGAAAAUACGCACGACUAGAAUAACCGUCUUGAUCCAAGCACAUGCAUUACUAGAGUAUGUGGUACCUAAAACAACACUGCUCACCACAUCGCACUCCCCUUGGCUACCUCUGAAGCAACUCCGCACAAAGCUAGGAAAAGUUGCUUACACAGUUAAAAAUCAUUUAUGUCGCCAUCACAAUAUCCAGUACCGUGGGUGGCCUGCACCUUGGAACACCACUGUUUCCCUCUUCAAAGUUGGUGCUUGUAGCAUGUGCAAUACUAUUUUAAACUUGUCCACUAGCAGUUAAACACACUCGGCUGGGAUGUUGCGCUUCAGCUUAAUGUUUGUUUUGUUUGCUCUUCCAUGCCAAUUCCAAUAUCUGUAUAAGAUGGCUGGUCGUCUUAUUUCCAGAUAGUAUCAUGUAUUUUCCACAUAUAUUAUUAGAUCUUGCCAUUGAGUGCGGGAGUUGGACGACGUUGAGGACGACUUAGGGAACUGAAGGUUUAUUUACAUUAUGUACAGGAGUAGAAUAAGCAAAAUAACAGUAAAAGAAUCAGCGUUCUGGCCAGCAGCAAAUCGGACGCUGCAGCCCGCGGCAAGAAGAAUGUCUUUCCGAUAGCUCGCCUUUCCAUUGUCUGUCCUCAACGUCGUCCAACUCCCGCGCUCAACGCCAAGAUCUAUUAAUAUAUAUAUAUAUAUCUAUAUAUAUACAUACAUGCUGAAUAUGUGUAUGCUGAUUGAGCUAAAAGCUGUAUGCUCAACUUCGGGGCACUUUGAUGCUAGUCCUUCUGGCACGCAGUGUGAUUUUGCUGGACAGGCUUUUCUGAGCACUUAAGAAUAAUGCAGGUCACUAUUCUUUAAGUGAUGCGGCUGUAUGGAAGCUGGUUCUUUAGUUCUUUUUAGGGAAAAGCUCUGUUAAAUGUAAUUUCUAUAGGCACUAGUGCAAUAAAACUGCCAUCUUUUAAACAUGUAUUGUGCAUUCACAAUCCUCGUACAUUCUGUUGUUGGACUAGUGUACUUAGAUGCGGCUGUCUGGAAGAUGGUUGGCAGUGCUUUAGUGUUUCCGAGAAAAGAGCUCUGUUAUGUUUCAUCUCUUGUAGGUACUACAGCAAUGACUGCUCUCCUUUAAACGUGCAUUGUGUGUUCACAUUCCUCAUACAUUCUAAUGUUUAAAGAGUGUGCUUAGAUUACAAGUGCCGGGACCUGUAAACCUGGCUUCCUUUAUGCACCUGUGAGUGUGUGGCUGUAAAUGUUGCUUGCCGAGCUUCUCUUUCUGGCACAUUUACAGAGACACUGAAAAGAAAUAUUAAGCUAAAGCUGGAUUACACUCCCACAAUUGCAAAUAUAUUGUGAGCAGAACUUUUAUAAGCCAAACUUUUAGAUAGAAAUUUUAUCUAAAAGUUUGGCUUAUAAAAGUUCUGCUCUCAGGUAUAUUUGCAAAAGGGAUGCAGAAAGGAAAGACAGGUGACCGAAGCCAUUUCGGAAUUCCUACUCCAGCUCCUUGUGACAUCGUAAAAUUUUUGCAGCACCUGCUAGAGGGUGCUUCAUUUAAAUGUAAGCAGAAGCAAUGUGACAAAUUUUAUAGACUUUUCUUACACAGAAAGGGUGUGAAUGCAAAAAUAACAUGAAAUAUGUGCCAAGAGUUCAGGCAUGAAAUUUAAGAGCUGGAAGCAUGGGUUUCUUUUGUGCCACAAAUGAUCCAUCCUUCUGUACUGAAAGAAUACAAAUGGGGGUUUUGGAAGAGUAAUCUGCAAUCCGGAAGAUGUUUUACUGUUUACAUUUAGUGUCCCUUGAAAAAUGUUUCCCAAGCUGUUGUGUGCAGAAUAAAUGAAGUGUUUAAGGUAUGA